AUGGCUGUCCCUGUCCUUACACAGUAUGACUGGAUCAUCGCCGUAAUCACCCUCGCCUUCUGCGGCAGCUCCAUCGGUAACGGAGCAAACGAUGUCGCCAACUCAUAUGCCACCUCCGUGGCAGCUAGGACCUUGACCAUGCCCCAGGUUGGCUUCCUUUCCAUGUGUACAGAGUUUUUCGGUGCCGUCGUCCUCGGCUCCAAGGUCACUGGCACAAUCAAAAACAACAUUAUCGAGCUCGACCGGUUCCGCACGACACCUUCCACGCUCAUCCUCGCCAUGGGCUGCGCCGAAUUCGCGAGUGCUUUCUGGCUACUUGCUGCUACAAAAGUCGGAUACCCGGUCUCCACGACGCAGACCAUCGUCGGCGCGCUCGUUGGAGUCGGUAUCGCUGCCCAAGCACAGGUUUCCUGGGCCUGGAGUGACGGCAGUGUUUCCCAAAUCGCCGCAUCCUGGGGCAUUGCUCCUUGUAUCUCGGCUGCGUUUGCCGCCAUCUUGUUUGGCAGUCUCAAGUUCACCGUCCUGGAACGCGAGAACUCUUUCGAGAAGGCUAUGAAGGCGAUUCCUUUCUACCUGGCGUUCACGGCUGCUAUUCUCGCUCUCUUCAUCACGGUCGAGGCCCCCGGUGCUCCGUCGCUUGAGGAACUUGGUGCCGGUACAGUAUGCGGUAUCAUCCUCGGUGUCUUCUUCGGCAUCCUCCUCCUCUCCUACAUUUUUUUCGUGCCUUACGUCCACCGAAGGCUGGUCAAGGAGGAUACUCGCAUUCGUCUCCGUCACAUCUUCCUCGGCCCUCUGUUGUACAUGGAGAACCCGCCAAUCUACCUGCCUGCGAAAGGAAACGAAGUCGUCAUCGACUACUACGCAAGCGCCCACGAUGAUUCAAAUGUCACCAACGAAGGCGAUAUCGAGAAGCAAGCUGUCAAGACCGAGGGUGGCAACGAUAGAGGCGAGAAGGUGAUCGGAAACGACAGCAAUUCUGAUACACCUUCCCCCGUCCCCAUGUCCCUUGAGGAUGUUGAACGUGGCAAGAAAACUCAAGAGAACCCAGCAGUGGUGCAACGAUACAAGCGCAUGCCCGAGCCCGAAGAGCGCUUCCUUGCCCCGACCGCCCACCUCCCUAUUCACAACCCUAGACGCAUCUGGAGCUUCAUCAAGUACUUCUUCCUACAGGGAGUUACCCGUGACUGCGUCACGCAUGCCUCGUCCCAGCUCGCUGCCAUCCACGGCAAGGCCAAGAAGUACGACAACCGCGUCGAACACCUGUGGACCUACGCUCAAGUCGCCAGUGCGAUGAUGAUGUCCAUCGCUCACGGUUCCAACGACGUUGCAAAUGCUGUCGGCCCUUGGGUUGCCGCCUACCAGGUUUACAUGACGGGUGAAGUUAGCGAGAAAGGAGACACUCCGAUCUGGAUCUUGGUCGUCGCCGGCUUCUUGCUCGGUGCCGGUUUCUGGUUCAUGGGUCACCACAUUAUCAAGGCUAUGGGAAACAAGCUCACUCAGCUUUCACCCACAAGAGGAUUCGCCAUGGAACUUGGCGCUGCGAUUACCGUGCUUUUGGCCAGCCGUCUCGGUCUCCCCGUCAGUACCACACAGUGCUUGACUGGGGCUGUUAUCGGUGUGGCUCUGAUGAACUUUGACGUUGGUGCUGUGAACUGGCGUCAAGUCGCUUUCAUCUUCUCGGGCUGGAUCGUCACAUUGCCCUGCGCGGGUCUCAUCGGUGGUUUGCUGAUGGCGAUGUCGCUCAACACCCCUCAGUUUGGCCAGGGGUAA